ACCCUCCCCUUUUAUAAGCUAUAAAGUGAGCACUGAGAGAGAAACUCCAUUUCAUUCUCCUCCUGAUCAAAGAUGGAUCUGCAAACCUCAGUUUUUCUUCUGUUCAGUCUCUUCACCGCAGGACACACUCUCAGUUGUUAUGUGUGUUCGGGUGUGACGGGGUCUUGUUCAGAUCAGACGGUAAAAACAUGUCCCAGUGGAUCUUACAAAUGCGUGAGUUUAACAGCAGUAACAAAAGAUGGUGCUAAAAUCAAGUUUAAAGACUGUGUUCCUGACUGUGCAAGUGGAUCCAUGAACCUCGGCAUUAUGAGGUCAUCUUCAGUGUGCUGUAACACAGACGGGUGUAACGUUCAAGAUGCUCCAGAUCCCAGCACUAGAACCCCCAAUGGAAAGACUUGUUACUCCUGUGAUGGACAGAGCUGCUUAAACAAAUUGAGCUGUACAGGGAAUGAAGAGCACUGCAUUAAUGGAACAUGGACUGUCAGUGGCAUGUCCAUCCUUGUAAAAGGCUGUGCCUCUAAAUCUAUCUGUGAUGCUGGAUCAUCGGAUAUAUAUGUUAAGGGGAUCUCAUGUUGUCCAGGGAAUCUGUGUAACGGUGUUCAGAGCGUCUCUCAGAGCUUCCUGUUCCUCUGCCUUUCUCUGCUCUCCUUCAUCCUGCUGCACUGAAUCCAGCAGAUCUUCACAUUCACAUCCAAAAUUGGACACACUGUACUGAAUAUAGAGCUUGUUUUUUCACUGUAUAAUGUAUCUUUUGUGUCCUGAUAUGUUUUUGUCUGUGGCAUUCUGAUGUGACAUUUUAUUAAAUAAAAUACUACACCUUG